CAACGCUGCUAAUAUAAGCUAGCCUGCGCAGUGAUGAGGUACAGUCGGUCCAGCUGUGUAAGACAAGCGACCUCUCAGCUGGCGUUACUCACAACGGAUUAACUAAUAUGUUUUAAUCAACAGGACUAAGGAGCCAUUAAAGCAAGUUGAAAUUACAGUCGCUGAAAGAUGGGGGAGUUUGAGAGCAGUCCUAUGGGCCGAGUAACGGUGUACUCCAUCCAGGGCUGCCCACACUGUGUGCAGGCUAAGGCCACCCUGGGGCGUCUGGGAGUACCAGUAUGUGACGUGGAUGUGGGGAGGCAUCCAGAACUAAGAGCCAGGGUGAAGGAGCUGACAGGACGCAGCACAGUCCCUCAGAUCUUCUUCAACAACAUUCAUGUCGGGGGCAAUGAUGACCUACAGAAAUUGGCUCCUGAGGAGCUUCAGAGGUUGGUGAAUCUGGUCAAGGAAGAGCCUCUUCCAGCAGACGCUCCCCCACUACCAGAGGAGAACCAAUCAGAAGACAGCACGGCAGGGGAGACUGAUGGAGAGUUUAAGUGUGAGAGAGAUGAGUUGGCGGACCUGGUAGAGGACUUCAAACAUGGCACUGUGAUUGGCAGUCAUAGAAGGGGACUGACAUUAUACAAAAAGAGCUUCUCAGGUGAUCAACUGGUUGACUGGCUGCAUAAAGAGAAGGGCAUGGCCAGGGCUGAGGCCUGUAAUACUGGCCAAGCAUUGUUGCAGAAGAAGUACAUGGUCAGUGUACGUGGCUGUGGGCAGCAGGAUGGCAGUUUUGGAGAAGGGAAAGACACCAUGGACACACUGUACAGGCUGCUGGAGCAUGACCCUCAUUCAGCCCUCAACGCAGGACAGACUGCAGCCUGCAGUCCCAUCCAGGCUGCCGAGCUCUCUUUGCUUUUACGGGAGCUGAUUUUGAAACUGUUCUCCGAGCAUCUUUCUGCUGAUGGCAAGUCUGUGGACUACAAAGGCAUGUCGGUGAACCCUGCCUUUGAGCGUUACUCUGAGCUAGCCAUUCAGCUGCAAAGGGUGGAGCUGCUUUCGCUGAGUCGGGAGGAGAAGCUGGCCUUCUUCAUAAACAUCUACAACGCCUUGGUCAUCCAUGGGUACCUACGCCUAGGGGCCCCCACCAACAUGUGGCAAAGAUACAGAUUCUUCAACUAUGUGAGCUACCUCAUUGGAGGAGAGGUGUUCACAUUACAGGACAUUGAGAACGGCGUUCUGAGAGGGAACAGAAAAGGUGUCGCACAGCUUCUGAAGCCCUUCUCCAAAAAAGACCCACGACUACAAGUGGCCCUUCCAGAUGCUGAGCCCCUCAUUCACUUUGCCUUGAACUGUGGCGCAAAGGGCUGCCCACCGAUUAAAACAUAUACUCCACAGGACAUUGACAGCCAGCUCCGCAUAGCGGCUGAAGCCUUCCUGGAGAAUGACGACGGCUGUAUGGUGGAUUCUGGGAAAGGAGAAGUGCGACUCAGUCAGAUAUUCAAGUGGUACAAGGCUGACUUUGGAGGCACUGAUGAGAAGCUGCUGAAGUGGGUGGUGGAGCACAUGGGUGACUCUCCGAAGAAGACCAGCCUGCAGGGCGUCCUUUCUGCUGGGAAGACCAAAGUCAGCUUCCUCCCUUAUGACUGGAGCAGCAACAGUUCCCACUGAGCAUGCACACACAAAUACACACACGUCCAGCUGCGUCUGCUUUAAAAAAACCCAGAAGGUUGGUGAAGACAAAUACAGUCCACUGGUCCUCAACCAUGCAAAUGUUUUUAUGCAAAACAAACUGUAAAUCCAAGUGAAAGGAGUGUUUUUGCAUUGUAUCAUAGAAUCACAUUUAUCUUGUAGGCUUAUCCUAGCUUUAUGGUCUUAUUGUAAGCUCCUACACCCUAUGUUUGAAAGUCAUGUUCUGCAUAUGAGUGGUACAUUCAAAUUUUAUUGGUUUGAAGUAAUAACAACUGAGAGCCUAUUUUAGAAAUCAAGUUGCACACCGAAACAAUGUAAUACAGCAGCAGGAUUAACAGGAAGUGUGUUGUGCUAUUGACUUCCAUUAUUGUUGUCCUAUUUAAAUUGACAAAGCUUAAAAAUCUGUACAUUUCCCAAAUUAUUUAUUAUUUAGAGUAAAUUCUCACAGAGAAAGCUAAUACAAAAUCAUACUGUAUAAUUAUUAUAAUAAUAUAACAAAUUGUACUUUCAUCCUCUUCUCCAGUCCUAGUUUUUAAACACCAUGUCAGCAACUCAGGAGUUAUAGAUUGUCACAAUCUUCUCUGUCCAAUACAGCACUCAUUGGACUAUUUAUGUGGAGCAUUUAAUCAGAGCGGAUGGAGAUGAUAACUUGGCUGAUCCAAACACACUGCCUUGACAAGCCAUAACAAAACCCUUUUGAACGUACAAACCUACUCAUUCGUGUUCAGCAGAUUCUGUAGAUUCCCCACAGUACUGCUCCAUCAUUUCAGCACCAUUUCUUUUUACCUGCGGAGGUAAACCAGCUGAUGUUGAUCUCUACAGGGAAAGAAAGUAAUAGCCGUUGCAAUACUUAAUGGUAGUGGAACAUCAGUGUAUCAUCAUAUGGCUGUGCCACCAGAUGUUGGCCUUUUACACAUUUUUGUAAAACAUUCCUUUUUCAAGUAUGACCCAGUUAUCAAGCUGUUUUUCAUUGGACAAACAAAAUCUGGUUAGGUGCUGGUAAUGUCACCUUUUUACCCAAAGGAUUGGCACAGGUUGGACUGGAACUGCAGUGUGGUGCGGUGGCUAUGAGGCUGCUCUGUCCUCUGAAGUCCCCAUGUUUGUGGACAGCAUCCUUUUUUAUAGGAUCCAGUCACUGAAUUACAAAAACAUCAACAAAAAAAACAUGACUGUGUCUUUGUUUAGAGAGCACAAAGAGAUGCAGCGCUCAGACUUUUCCAUAUUUUGAUCAGUUUAAAUUUCCGACCCCUUGUCGUAUUUUGAGUCCUCCUUUCUUUAUCUGAACUUACUUGGUUGUUCACCCCUCAUUUUGAUCCAGGUCUUCCAUUUUCAAUCGGAAAAGUGCUACUGCUGUGUUUUUUCACAGUUAUUUAGUAAAAAAUAUAGUAAUAUUGUGAAAUAUUUAUGAAAACUACACCCAUUUGGGAUGCACUCUGACACUUUGCAUGUUUAUCGCCAACUUUGAAUGCUGUUGAGACACAUUUGUACUUUUUUCCACAAAGAGUCACUGCUGGUCCUUAUGAGAAUAAUGGGCUGUGUUUAUCUGGCUGUUUAUUCCAGGGUAUCCGCGGGGACUGAAAAGAAUUCUCAGUCUUGAAAACAUUUUUCAUUACUCAAAUCAGAAGUCAUGUAGCAGUUUAAGUCUUGAUUUUAUUUAGUUUAGCAGGUUUUUGGUGUGUGGAGUUUGUGCUUACAAAACUGUUUUCAACAUUGAAAUUCAACUUCAUUGUUUGUUUUUGUUUUUUUCAUUUUACCUGGCCUUAAAAGUUUAAUAUAAAUACUGUAUAUGAUUAUAACGAGUGUGUGGCUUGGGGAAAAAAAAAAAAGUAUUUGUGGGGCUUUCUCUGUUUCCAUAAUUCAAGGAUUUUCUUAUCUCAGGUCAAAGGAAAAUGUGAGUGGGAAUAACAUUAAGUUCUUUGAUGCAAUCAAUGCACUGUAUGCUGCAUGUUGUGUAUAGUCUUAACAAAUUUCAGCUCAUUCUGCAUAGUCCAUAUUCCUUUGCAAAGGCAUCGUGUCACGGACAUUACUAUAACUGUCAGUUUCUUUGUCUUUAAGCUAUAAGCAGCACCAAAGCGUAUGGUUACAUUUGCAUGUUAAAACUGGAAUGCAUUUGCGGCUUGAGAUACCGGAAGACUCUCCAAUCUUGAAUGCUGGUCUUAUAGCAGGACUGCCUCUAUCACUGCUUUUGUUUCUAGCCUGUAAGCUCAGCCAUAAAACGUAGGCGGACCUUAACACUUACCCCCCCCGUUAGACAAAUAAAGUGUCAUUUAAUAUCAGAACACAAUAGUGUAAAACCAAGCCAUCCGUCAACAAAAAUUUGCAUCACUCAGUCUUAACAAUAGACCUUUUCUGCUAACACAAGCCUUCAGCGACAAGUGCACCCUUGGCUUUACUACACUUAACAUUAGAGUGACUGAGCGUAAAACACAAGGGGAAGACUUGUUGUGGGCUAAAACAAACAUAACAAAAGGGUUUUAUUUACUAUAUUGAAGAUCCCUGUCCUUUUUCAAAAUUACCUCAUGUAUCAGGAAAAUGUGAUGCAAAAACUUUUUUAAGCAAGCAAUUCUAAUAUAAUCAUUCUAUUUUCCUUCCUGGGGUUAACAAUGAAGCAAUAUGUUUAUGAAUAGCAAAUAUGCAAUGCCAAACAAAAAAAUAAACUAUAUAACGAGUC